AAAAAAAAUGUUUUUAUUGAAGAUUGAGUAUGAUUGUCUACUGAACGCCUUGAUAUUUUGUACCGUCUUUCCACUUUUAAUAGCCUUCUGUCUAUGCUAAGAAUUAGCCACGCCAGGUAGCUUGUUAACCAAAACUUCCCCAACAGUCAUUUUUGACACGACCAUCAUGCUUGUUGUCAUUUGUAAAGCUACUAAACCACUAUCACAGCUAUUAUCACACCAUGUUUUUACUAUGACAAUAUUUAGCUAAGUACAGUAGUUAUAGCCUCCCUGUAAACAAGGGUGUAUUAAUUACGCCUAUACUGUGGCAAAACUUUUUCGAAACCUAUUCAGUCUGUUGGUGUAGGUGGUUUCCAGUUUCCACUAUUAUCACACCAAUCCAUUCCUUAAUAAUCCACGAGGGGGUGUACAGUCCUCUUUUAGGACAAUGGUGACAUAAUUCCAGAUUGACCUAUAUCCCAAUUUCUUAGACAUGUUGGAUAGGUCUCAGCAGAGUUAUAUUUCGAUUUGACGAUCGACGUUCCAGCGAUAUUUUCAUCAAACUGUUUAAUGAGAGAAUCCUGUCUACUAUCUAGAGCGUCGAGAGAGAGAUGCUGUCUUACUCACUGGACAAUGGGUUAAACACCACAGUGUACAAUCGCAGCAGCAAGAUUGGUGACCUGUUGCCACAAGAAAAGGGCAAUUAUUUAACCUUGACCUAAAUACCUAUUUAUGUUUAUUCCCCCUUUUGUACUUUAACUAUUUGCACAUCAUUACAACACUGUAUAUAGACACAUGACAUUUGACAUUUAUUUUUAUUUUGGAACUUUUGUGAGUAAUGUUUACUGUACAUUUUUGUUUAUUUCACUUGCUUUUGCAAUGUUUACAUGUUUCCCAUGCUAAUGAAGCACUUUAAAUUGAAAUGUAUACUUUUGAGGAAAUGGAAAAUGUAUGCGUCGGCAGUGUGCCGCGCGGUGCAUUCUGGAACAAGGAGAGCGCUCCUUCAAUUAAUGAAUAGCAGUCAAUUGGGCACUAGCUCAAAAACCAAACAUUAGUAAUAAUUUCGUAAAGAGGUACAACAUUACAAAUCUUUUCCGAUAUACAAUAUAAAGAACUUGUUCUCUGUGAUAUCGUAUAACUUUGGAAUCGUAACAUUACGUACUUCCGAGGAAAAUAAGCAGGUUUCUUGACACCCUGAUUUUGAGAAGCGAUUGCGUGGCGAUUAGCUUUGCAGCGGUGUUGAUGCAGCAUGACAACGUGAACGCGAUUGGUCUACAGGCUGCUUGGUGUUGCGUUAUAAGUUUCUCAAUUCAUUGACCAAUGGGAUCCCUAUCUCCUUUUUCUAAUCUAUCUGCCUAAAAUUAGUGGUCGAGCUUGCUGAGUGGGGACCGAAUGAACCCUAGCAACGUGAUUUUGACACAUUGCCUUAUAGCUAGCUAAAUAUCAUACGGGCACAUUUAGGUUCUUAUGUGGAACAAAGAUGGUUACCAUAAUUAGUUAAAAACAGCAAACGUGAGUUAAAUCGUUAUGAUUCCCUGGAAGCUAGCGUUAGCAUUGUUGGCUAGCCUGCUUGCUAGUUAAGUACUUUAUUAAUUUCAUCAAAUACUCAAUUAGCUCUCUGAUAAUGCUGAACAAAUCCUUUACUUGCAAUGUAAUUUUGUAAAUCAAAGUUACCUAGCUAACAUUUUGUCAACUUAAAUAUAUUGAUGUACAGCUAGUGGUUAGCUAGCUAGCACACCAGUUAGAGGCGAUUGAUUCGUCUCGUUUGGCAUGAUGGUGCUCUCUAACUAGUUGGGAGUUCUUAUUAUAGCUCAGUGGCUAGGAGACUGCAUUACAAAGAGCUCACCACUCUUGGUGGUUAAAUUGCACAAUUUUGAUUGGUCUGUCACGAUGGAUCUUCAUUUUUACUCUGACCUCUCUGAUGGCACCGAUCAGAAUGCCGACCAGGAGUUCUUGGAAGCACAGGUUUAUAAUGGAUACGACCCAGUUAACAAGUUUCCGGGAGGCAGUGAUACUUACCUCACCAUCUCUGGGGCAGGUCAUCCUUUUCUCUCCUCUGAGCAGACAUUUCAUACCCCCAGUCUUGGAGAUGAGGUGUUUGAGAUUCCUCCCAUCUCCCUGGACCAGGACUCGGCCCUCAGUGUGGGGGACGAGGUGUCCCAUUUUGGGGAACUAUCGGGGGGAGCAGGGGGUCCUUCCGGGGCUGGAAGCCUGGCGAGGAAUGCUGUGGUGGGGGGCAAUGACCCCUCCUUUGCCUCCACCUAUGUGAACCCAAACUCUCAGGGCCUGGAGCACCUGAGUCUUAGGGUGAUGAGCCAGCCUGGAGGGGGGGCCCUGCUCAGCUCAACACUGGGGGUGGAACUUGGCCACUCCAUUGGCUCCCAUUUCAGCAGCUCCUCUCCAAUGACCAUUGAUGUCCCACUUGGUGACAUGAAUCAUGGCCUAUUGGGACACAAUCAGCUAACCACUAUUGACCAAUCAGAGUUGAGUGCCCAGCUUGGGCUUGGUCUUCAUGGCGGGAACAUUCUGUCCCGUUCCAAGUCACCUGACCAGCUCUCUGCCACGCCUUCUCCAGCAGGCUCCCUCCAGGAUGAUGACAUGGAUGACUUCAGGAAGAGUGUGCUGGUUGACUCUCCAAUGUCCCUGUCGGUCUCCCCUGCAAUUCUCUCCCACCUCUCCACCAUGCCGGGCUCUGCCCCCAUGCUCUCCUCCUCCAUCUCCCCUGCAUUAGUGAGGCGCGGCGGGGGAAAGCCGGCCAUGGUGGCCGCUACGGCAGGGCCUGGAGGAGGGAAGAAGGGAAAGAAGAAGAAAGACCCCAACGAGCCCCAGAAACCCGUCUCUGCGUACGCCCUGUUCUUCAGGGACACCCAGGCUGCCAUCAAGGGCCAGAACCCCAAUGCCACAUUUGGAGAGGUGUCCAAGAUCGUAGCCUCCAUGUGGGACAGCCUUGGGGAAGAGCAGAAACAGCCCUCCAUUGAGAUGAUGGACACGGCCUCUUCACCACCUCCAGUGCCUGAGCCAGUGAAUGUGGCCCUCCUGGCUCCCGCCCGCCCCUCCCGCCUCCCCCAGCACAACCCUGACCAGAAUACCAUCACCAACAUCUGCACCUCCAACAUCAUUCUGGACGUCCCCCAGGUCACCACACGCUCCCGCACAGGGGCUCACAAGCCCCUCACCCUGGGUCCCACCACCACAGCCACCCCGACCCUGAUCCCAAACAUCACAGCCACCCUGACCCCCACCAUCACCAAGAUCAUCAUCUCCAAACAGAUGCUCCAGGACGGGGCUCAGCUCCAGCAGAUCCCCACCUCCAUGGUGACUGUGCUCCCUGGCGGUGUGCGCACCCUGCUGCCCUCAGCCCCACGCCAGCCCCCACCUCUGCAGCAGAUGCAGCAUGCCCCUCCUCCCCCGCGGCUCCAGCAGAUGGUACACUCCCCAGCCCCGCCUCCCCUCCAGGCCAAGCCCAGAGGAAGUGCUGGACCUGGGCUUCCUGUGUCCAUCACCGCGACACCUCCCCCUCCACUACAGAUCACGAUAGUCCCUGCUUCUUUGCAAGCAGACGCAUCCUUGCCCAUUAUUGUUACGACAACAGCAACCGCCAACUCAAUUUGUGUCACCAAUUCCACUGUACCUACAUCUGCUUACUCCACCCCUACAGUGGCUCUGCAAUUGGCAAAAUCCACUGACUUGACGGCCAGUGCAGAUGAGGAUGCGGUUACGGAAGAGUUCACGUCAGGAGAGAUGGAAAUGGAGUUCAAUAUGUCUCCAGGUGCCACUGAUGUGGCUUCUGGCCCUCUGACUAUGUGUGUGCGCGCAGGAUGCACCAAUCCUGCAAUAGAGAGCACGGACUGGGACAAAGAGUACUGCAGCAAUGAAUGCGUCGCCACUCACUGCAGGGAUAUCUUCAUGGCCUGGUGCUCGAUCAGGAAUCACAACACCAUGGUUGUCAAGUAAAGACCAGCAUUACCCAGACAAAGGGAGAAAUGUGUCUUGUUGGGUGAUAACAGGCCUACGGUAGACUGAUUGGGGUGAGAGGAAAAGAUGGAGUUCGGAGGGGAAAAGCACACAGUGUACCACAAAGCGAUCCAUUGGAAAGAAUUUAUAAACAUUACACAUGGGAUUAAUUUACAAAUUCAUGGAUAGUUGAGACAGUGGCCGAGAUGUUUUUAUGUUGUAUUGUUUGGAUGUGCACAACUUUAACAGGUCUAGUUACACUGAUAGUGUUAGAAGAGGAUGUAGCCCAAAUGAAGGGACCGAAAGUCAUAGUGGGAUUCCAAAGGGUUCUAUUCCAGAGGGUACGUUGGAACGUAGUGCCACUAGUUGUGACAAAGCUCCAUUUGAUAGGUUCAUUGAAAUCAGGUUUGACAGAGAGAAAUUAGGAUACCAAUUUUUUUUAUCCAUGGCGGCGAAAAGCUUAAUAAAGUGUGCUUUCUUAACUAUUUGGAUAAAUAUAUAUUUGAUACCCACCUAUUUUUUUGUUGGUUACCUUUAGGUCCUUGAAAAACAUUUGUCAGUGUCUCUUCUUUUUAGAGAAACAGAAUCAGGAAAAUAUAAAAUAUUUCAGUGACACUGAAAAUAUGUGAUUUGGAGUAGUGUAUCAUACAAUACUCCUGUUUUUUACAUUUAGUUAGUGGCCUCUAGGGUCAAUACUCUUUUUCAUUAUUAUGAAGGAAAUGUUCACCACGUCCGUGGUGAGUAAACGACAGCAGAAAUCAAGGUCAAUUUGUUAUUCGCAUUUUUAAUAAAAGCAAUGAAGAUAAGGA